UAGACGCGUGUCAGCCGGUCUUUACUCAUCCCUAUUUCUCCUCGACGGGCUGCGGUGCCGUCUCUUCGUCGCCAUCUCUCUCUAGGGUCGACGAGAGAACGUCAUUAUCUUUUCUCAUCCACAAUGGCAGACGAAGAGCUUGCAGAUCCAAAGAAAUAUCUCGAGGACUCAUGCAAGCCAAAGUGUGCAAGACCCUUACACGCAUAUCAGGCAUGUGUUCGGAGGAUCAAAGGGGAUGAAAGUGGGCACAAGCAUUGCACAGGGCAAUACUUCGACUACUUUUCCUGUGUUGAUAACUGUGUUGCACCAAAGCUUUUCCCUAAGCUGAAAUGAUGUGACACGCACAGCGCAUGAUCUACUUUUCAUCUGCAAUAAAAGCCUAGUCAUUUGGCUUCAUAAGUGCACUGCAGGUAGCGGUUGGCCUACCUCUAACGUUCAUUUUGUUCUCUACGGCAAAAUCCAUUUUUUUUGGGUUUAUUGACUUGUAGACAACAAGAAUUGUAGUCCUUAUGAGUUAUGACAAUGUUGUUGGUGGUGUUAUAUUGGUACAUUUAAUCUACGAUGCUUUCUCUGGGUAGCAUAUCACUU